AUGCGCUUCAAAAAUUUAUUUGUUAUACUUCUCCUAGAUAUGAUUCUAGUGAAUGUAAAAUCAGCGAGGAUAUUAGCAAUAUAUCCGAUGCCUUCUUUGAGUCACCAGAUAGUGUUUAGAAAACUGACUCUAGAGUUGAUAAAGCAUCAUGAAGUGACAGUGAUAACCCCAAACCCGGCAUUUAAAAAGACAGAAGCCCCAAAUAAUUUAACAGAAAUCGACGUCCAGGACUAUUCGUAUAAAGCAUUGCGUGAAUUCAGUAGUAAAUGGCAUAAGACUGAAAUUAAAGAUAAACUAUCAGAUCGUGUAGUAUUUAAAACGUUUUUCACGAAGAUUUGUGACUUACAGCUUCAGGAUCCGCAAGUAAGGAACGUUAUAUUCGAGAACACAACGAAUUUUGAUCUAAUUCUGAUUGAAGAUCUGGCUCAACCUUUUUUGGGAGUGUCACAUAUUUCCAAAGCACCGGUCGUACUGUUCAGCUCCUAUGGUGGAAGCUAUGAUACCCUCGAUGCGUUCGGAUUACAGACGCAUCCAAUUUUAUAUCCUUCUCCGAUGAGUCGGCCAUUUUACGAUAUAACACUUUGGGAUAGAGUAAAAAAGAUAUUUGUGUACUUGAAAGAUGUAUAUUGUAAGCAUUCGAGAGAAAAAGAAGAACACGAGUUGAUGAAAAAAUAUUUCGGUGAUGAAGUACCUCCUAUUCAGAAGUUAUAUGAAAACGUUGAUAUGUUACUCGUAAACAUUCAUUCUUUAUGGGUCGAUAAUCUGCCUGUAUCACCGAACGUAGUUUUCUUGGGAGGCUUCCAUCAAACGGAGAAGAAGGAAUUGCCAACGGACCUUAAAAACUACUUAGACUCUUCAAAGAAUGGAGUAAUAUACGUCAGCUUUGGAACAAACGCGUUAUCAGCCCUCCUUUCUCGAGAUAAAGUGGAAAUAAUCGCCAAAGUUCUGGGUCAAAUGCCCUACGAUGUGUUGUGGAAAUGGGAUGCAGAUGAUCUGCCUGGCCGAAGGGAUAACAUAAAACUGUCGAAGUGGUUACCUCAAGCUGAUCUUUUAAGACAUCCCAAAGUUAAAUUGUUCAUAACACAAGCUGGACUGCAAUCGACUGAUGAAGCUAUAACAGCCGGGGUACCUCUGUUAGCACUGCCAGUUUUGGGUGACCAGUGGUAUAAUGCUGAGAAAUAUGUUCGCCAUGGGAUUGGAAAGCAAAUAUCCUUUGAAGACGUGACAGAAGAAGAUUUGAGGAGUGCUGUGAAGACUGUGAUUGAAGACGAAAGCUACCGCAAAAACAUAAACAAUCUUCGAGAGUUGCUGCUAGAUCAACCAAUGAAACCUCUGGAUCGAGCCGUCUUUUGGAUAGAGCAUCUGAUUCGUCACCAAGGAGGAAAACAUUUGAGAGCUGCAAGCGCUAAUUUAUCUUGGGCCGAAUACUAUGAAAUAGAUUUAGUAUUAGCUGCAGUUGCAGUAUUACUAGUAUCAUUGUACGUUAGGACGGGCAGAAUGCACAUGUCGACGAGUCUUCGCUUCAGGGAGAUGGGUAAAUCCCCCUUCAUCAGCGUCUUCAUGGACCAGUUAUAG